CGUACUUUUUUUGUGUUGCUGACGAGAUGCUGAUACUUUCAUUUGGAUUAGCAAGUAGUAGCUACACCAACAACAAAAAUACAGCAUUUCACAAAUGUAUUGAGCAACAAACAUCUUCAUACGGAUUAUAACUACUAGUUCAAUCAAACAUAAGACGCAGACCGCAAUUUGUGACUGGAUGAAAGCGAAAGAAGGACGAAGAGAGGGAAAAAUAUAGCUACUAGCUAGCUAACGUUAGCCUGCUAACGUAAAGGCUAGCUGCUAGCUGACAUGAAUUAUCUCGUCGGCUAUGGCGUGUCCUCUGAUUCUGACAGUGAUGGGGAGGAUGGAAACAACAGGAAGACUGAGAGCGUGGUGGAUGGAGCGACCGAGAAGAAGGGCCGCAAUUUCCUCCUAGAGUCCGCUUCAACCUCCAGUGAGUCGGACUGCGACUCCAACCCAGAGGAAGACGGGGACCCUGUAUCUCAACUACAACCCAAACGCCCUCCUCCUGCAUGUAUGGCACCCCCCUCUGAGUCCCGGACCCCUCUCCUCCCCGCACCCCCUAGCUCCCUCUCCCAUAAACUCCCCCCUCCCCCCCUCGGGGCCUCGUCCAAGAGUGGCGUAUUCGCCAACCCCUUCAAGGCGCAAGCCGACCAGAAGCUCAACGUCUUGCAGAAGCACGUCCCUCUCACUCUGCAGGCCCGGCCCUCCCAGAUAGGGGGCAAGAGGAUGUGCGUGGCGUACAGGAAGGAUGGACGCUGCAGGUUCGGGAUCAAAUGCAAGUUUGCCCACGACAGCGACCUCCAGAGCUCCAUCAUUCCCAAUGACUAUGACCCCCCUGUGGGUGAUGCUCCCGGAUCGGACCAAGCUGACCCCAACGCGGGGGGCUCUUCAUACACGGGUCGCCAGAACUUUCACCACAACCAGAGAGGAGACCCUGAAGAGGAGGAGGGUCAGCAGUCUAGGAAGAGGAGAGUAGGGCUGAGUAACACCCUAGUGCCUCCUAAAAGGGCAAUGAAGAAUUAUGCAAUGCAGAGGAAGAGAGAACAGGUCAAUUUAAACUGAGCGACUUGCACAGGGAUACUGUCAGCAGCAAUACACUGUGUGUGUGCGCGUGUGUGUGUGUGUAUACCCUCACAUUGUUUUAGUGUGUGUGGCAGAUAAAAUGGGAAUGUGUUCCAAUUCUGUACCCUUAUUCUGAACUCAUUUACUCCCCCUCUUGGAUAUAAAAUAUGCUUUAAACUUCUCCCUACCCAUGCUUACAUCAAUAUAAUUGAGUGAGCAAGUGUAAACCUCUGUUAGAAGAGAAGAUAAUCAGACCACAGCCAGAGAGUAUUCUAUAUACCUGUUGUCAGUAUGCAAGAUAGGAUAACUAUAGCACACUUCCAAACCCCUGUUCAGUCCAGUACAUAUACUUCAGAUUGGUAGUUUGUACAUGAUAAGUGUUUGUAGUUUCAUUGAAAACAUAUUCCUUUAUAAACUACAAUUUAUCAUGGUUAAAUAAAUACUUUAAAUGUU